GAGUUUAAGACAUACGACAACAUUGUUUCAUUAGUUGCAAAAUGUGUAUGGCAGAUAAGAGAUAAAGAUAGAAGAGGUAAGGUAUGGAAUGAACAGAUAAAACCAACUGCUUCAGAUUUAAAGAAAACCAUUGACGCCUUAGUUGUUCUAGCUGGUUUUAUUUCAAUGUAUAACGCAAAAACGAUGCCGCAAUGUUCAAAAUGUAAGGCAGCAAUGAGGAAAUAUAACUACUCAGUCAAAGAGAUAGAAAGAAUGCGAAACGACUAUGCAGACUUAAAGAAAGAAGCAGAAAAACCAGCAGAAAAUGAAAUGGACAUGUUAGAAUUUCUGAACAAAAACUAUUCAACUGCUGACGAUUUCCUUCUAUCUGACGUCAAGAAGAAGUAUAAAGAAACUUUCGGCAUUGUUAAAACAUUCGAUGUACUAAAAGAAGAAAUAGAAGCUACAAAACUGUUUAGAGUCUCACGAAUUCAUAACGUUUACCAUGUAAAACGGUUAUAA